AGAAAUUUAAUUUCGACAUUAAUAAUUACAUACUAUAAGGUUGUGGUUCUUUUGAUUGCAACUUGAAUAGCCAAAUGUUUCUAAGUGGAUUUUUGAUAUUAUUUUUAACUUGCUUUUGUCUUCAGAAAGCUCUAGCUCAGAAUAUUUGCAAUAAGGAAUUUAUUUACGAUGGUUCUAAAAAAGGUGAAAUAAAAAGUCCGAAUUAUGGUUCUGGUUCUUAUGCAAAAGGACUUUCUUGUUCCUACAAAAUUACAGCUCCUGAUGGAUACAGGAUAAAAAUUACCUUCAAAGACAUGGAUAUAAAACCCUCAGAGCUCUGCAAAACAGAUAGGCUCGCACUAAGGGAUCAAGAUGGUGAAAGUUAUUUGGGUGUGUUUUGUGGGAGUCUGAUUCCACGUCCUGUUCUAUCUCACGAAGGUGAAAACGAAAUUAGAAUGACUUUUCAAACAAAUACCUCAGAAGGAAAAGGAUUCCAUGUGCAGUAUGAAGCUUCACCAAAUAUCGAGCUAUGUGGAGCGCAACAAGGUAACUGUAGGAAUCGAAAUUGCUAUGAAGUCAGGCAAAGAUGCGAUGGUAGAGAUGAUUGCGGUGAUGGAACUGACGAAGAGCACUGUGGUAAAGAAAUUGAUAAGCCGUCAACUUGGAACUGUGGAAGAACUCCAAUCAGACCCAACAAUUUAUACGUUAAUAGUAACAAAUUAGUGGCGGCUAUUCCUAAUAGCUGGCCCUGGCAAGUUUCGUUGCAAUACAUAGAAGUUGAACCAAAUGGUCACUUUUGUGGUGGUACUCUAAUUAGUCCUCAAUGGGUGAUUAGUGCAGCUCAUUGUUUUCUAGGCAUCAAACAUCCUUCAGAGGUCAGAGUUGUCCUAGGAAGUCAUUUGAAAUUCAAAAAAACGAAGUACGAAGUCACUCGAGUUGCUGAAAGAAUUAUAUCCUAUCCUGAUUUGGAAGAAGAUAGUUUAAAGAAUGCGGACAAGAAGCACGACAUUUCCCUGAUUAAACUGAAUGCUCCAGUUUCUUACACCAAUGGAGUGCAGCCUGCUUGUUUGCCUGGAAAGUAUUUAGGAGCAAAUCCUGGUUGGAAGUGCUUUUCAACAGGAUGGGGAGAAUCCACAUCCACUGGAUAUCAGUAUGAGCUGAAGCAAUCAAUACAAUACAUCAUACACCGAGAAAAGUGCCCGCAUGAGACAAAUACACAGAUUUGUGUGGAAAAACCUCCUAAAGAUCCGUGUUUGGGUGAUAGUGGAAGCCCUUUGGUUUGCUUUCUUCAAAAUCGUUGGUAUGUAUUGGGAUCAGCAAGCUUUAAUGCAGUUGACUUCAAGUACAAGAUGGAAAAACUUUGCAAACCGAAAGAAAGUAAAAUGAUUUUUGCAAAACUUGCUGACAAGUACGAAUGGAUAUACAAAGUUAUUGGCGAAAAUCCUUAAAAAGUGUUUUUUUUUAAUUAGAGAGGGAACAAAGUUAUAAGCUAGAAAAUAAAAGAAAAUUAUUCAAGUAAUAAAUCUAUGUAAAAUGUGAUUGCUUUAUUUUUAUUUUGUUAUAACAGAAAGAGUGUAUUUAGUAAUAUAUAUCAAUAGGGGGCUACGCCCCCCAGAUCACUGCAAUACUUACCAAGAAAACGAUAAAAAUUUAUUAAUAAUCAACGCAAAUGAGAUUAUUUCAAGUAAUUUGGAUGAUUCCUUAUUGUUGUUUUCCGAAUUAUGUAGAAUAAGAAAUAAGCAAUGUUGACUUCACUUCAAUUUGUAAUGAAUUAAAGACAAUUUUUUUUUUAUUUUGCCAUAAUACACACAUUUGUAACAGUAUGCGAUCCCGAAAUCGGAAGUUAUCAGUUGCAAGUUUGUUGAUAAUAGAAGUUAAAAAUUAUUGACAGCUUUUUCUUCAACUGUUUGGCGUGUUCUGUUUCUGAAAGAUUUGCAAGUGUCCUGCUUAGUUUCUUUUAAGUUCUUCAGCCUUUUCCUUACAGAAAUUUUGCUUCUUAUUUGCUACUAAGAAAAUGGCGUCCGACUCUGCAAAUGAGUAUGAUAGAACUAAAUGAAAACUUAUUUAAUUAAUGCCAGACAUUUUCAGGCUCUGCUAGAGGGAGUACUCAAGCGUUGCGAUCGCGAAUUAUGCUUUCCUUUUUUUCCUAUAAAUUACUGGACUACAAGAAAUCGUUAAAAGAAGACUCUAUUCUGCUGUUAUCUCUUAUUGCCAAACGCUGUGAUUCGGAAACAGAUGCGGCAUACAAUUUUAAUGAUAGAUAGCAUCAUACAUGCCUGUUUUUAUAAAAAUCAUCUGCAACUAUUUAAAGCUGGCAUUAGUUCUAUGAAAAUUGCUAUAACGUUUAAAAAAAACAGCACAGUCUUGAUACAAUGCUUUCUCAAUAUUUUUCUCUAAUGUCUUGAUGUCACUUAUUGACAAACAUUGUGACUCGAUAACAGAUGCGUCAUACAAAUUUAAUGUCAGAUCGUAUCAUACAUGCCAGUUUUUAGAAAAAUCACCUGGAACCAUUUAAAGCUGGUAUUGAUACUAUGAAGAUUGCUAUAUGCAGAAAACACUGACUUGAUACAAGACUUUCUGAAUAUUUUUCUCUAAUUGAACUGACAACUUACGAUCUUUGUUGAGUUUGCGUCAUUGUGUUAUGGAAAUAAGCUCGAACUUUUAUUUAUAUUCUUUCCUCAGCUUUUAUCUGGAUUAAAUUUUUUUUAUUUGGGAUACUUAAGGGCAAAUCCCUGCUUGAUACAGCUUACCAAUUUUCAGGCUUUCUUUGCAGUAAUUAUUGUUUCUCAGCAUAAAAGUUUUUUCUACUAAAGUUGAAAGUCUGUCUUAAGAUAAGUGUGCACUGCGAAAAAUCCCGGAUCAAAUUUUUUUCCGUAAAAUCCAUUUUUACCGGAGCAUGAUAUGGGACAAAAAAUCUAAUAUAUCGGUAGUAAUCAUUACUGAAAAAAUACUGAAUCACUUCUCAUUCAUUUUUAUUGAAAAAAAAACGAUAUAAGUGUUACAGUGAAAUGGACUUUAUGGACGAUGCACCCUAAAUGCUGGUACAUUAUACCGUAAUUUGAUGUGGAAUUUUUUAUAAUGUACUAUAAAAAAUUCUGUUUAUUUA